UCCACAUUCUGAUAUACACCUUUCUAGGGUAUCGCCUCGACCCUCUUCUUCCUCUGAUUAGGGUUUAACCUCCGGUCAGUUCCAGAAUCUCUUCACUGUAAAAAAGAGAUGGACCUUUUGAAGAAACGAAAGCUCGAGGAUAACGGCGUUAUCACCGACGUCCCCGUUACCAGUAGACUCACAAUCGAAGACGCACGGAAGAUUCUAGAAUCAGUCACCCCCGAACAAAUGCUCGAAAUCCUACAAACCGCUGUUGUACGUCACGCCGACGUUUUAGACCAAGUACGAGUAAUUGCCGAUCGCGACACCACUCAACGGAAGCUCUUCAUUCGCGGACUCGGCUGGGAAACGAAUACGGAAAAACUUAAAGCAAUUUUCGGAAAUUACGGCGAGUUAGAAGAAGCCGUCGUAAUUAACGAUAAAGCCACUGGUAAAAGCAAAGGUUACGGGUUCGUUACGUUUAAGGAUGUUGAUGGAGCUUUACUUGCUUUGAAGGAGCCGAGUAAGAAGAUCGAUGGACGAAUGGCAGUGACUCAGCUCGCGUCAGCUGGGAUUCAAGGUGGGCCUGGUGGCGGGAGUACCAAUAAUCCGGUUGAUGUGUCGGCGAGGAAGAUUUAUGUAGCGAAUGUGCCGUAUGAUAUGCAGGCCGAGAGGAUUUUACAGCAUUUUUGUAUGUAUGGGGAAAUAGAGGAAGGGCCAUUAGGGUUUGAUAAGGCGACUGGGAAGUCGAAAGGGUAUGCUUUGUUUGUGUAUAAGACGGCGGAGGCGGCUAAGGCUUCGCUAGUGGAUCCUGUUAAGAAUAUUGAUGGGCAUCAGUUGAAUUGUAAGCUAGCUAUUGAUGGGAAGAAAGGGGGGAAGCCUGGAGGAGGAGCUCAGGCUCAAACUGAUGGUCAUGUUGAUCAGGUUGGCCCGGGCCAGUAUGGUGGGCCUAGUGGGAUUACUGGUUAUGGUGGAUUUCCAGGGCAUUCAACCUUUGGUGGACCCGGCGGACAUGGGCCCAAUUCAGCAUACGGUAGUGGGAAUGGUAUAGGUGUGGGUGGCCCCGGUGGUGGUUCAUCUUAUGGUGGGAGCCAACCUGGGGGUUCUGUUAGUGGUGGUGGGUAUGGUGGUCUAUAUGGUGGAGGUGGGGGAUCUCAUUAUGGUGGACCUGGUUCAGCUGGAUAUGGCGCGUUGGCCAGUAGUGCUACUGGUGGUGGUGGUGGAUAUGGCGGUCCUGGGGCAUUGGGAGGUGGUGGAUAUGGCAGCACUGGGGCGCUGGGAGGUGGUGGAUUAAGUGGAGUUGGUGGUGCAUUAGGCGGUGCAGGCCGUGGCUCUUCAAUGUAUGGGUUACCCCCAAGCUCAACUGGGUUGGCUUCAGGAGAUUAUCCACCACAGGGUCCUCAUUACAGUCAACAAAACCAAGUGCCCGGGGUAUCACCUGCACCUAGAGUUGCACCUGGGGGUAUGUACCAGGGGAUGCAUUCAUACUACUGAGUUUCUUUCUGAAGUUCCGUUCCAGUGCACCCUCCUUUGCAUAUAUACUCGUGCUGCUGAAAAUGGUGCUUCCAUGUUGGAUUUGGUUCGUACACUUGGUAGUGCUUGCUUUAAGCUGUUUGGAUAACUGGUUGGAGUAUCAGACUUUCUUGUCUGGACGGAAUAAUUGUGGCUAAAAUGUAUAAAGAUCGGCUACUGUUAUCUUUUCCAAAGACAUGAUAAAGAUUGGCUUAGUGCGUCAUAGUCAUCUUGAUUCUCGAGUCUCUUGAUUUGGCUCCUACUUUUGUAAUGUUUUCUUUAUAGUUGUUUGUACAACUUGUUGAAGUAUACCAGACUUUCUUCUUUGAACAUAAACAAAUGUGGCCAAAAUAUGUAAAAAACCGUGCAGUGCUUCAUAUGAACAUAGUUGAACAAAGAUGAAGAUAGGCCGUAAUGAUCUAGAGUCUCGUGUGGAAUGGCUCUUGCUGAGCGGAUUAAAAGGAUGUUGGGAAUAAUGGAGGACUCCCAAGAGCUCUGAUGAGUGGUUUUACAAUUUGAUGCAGUUAAUCGCAUAUUGCGGUUGAAGGAGGGUCUCAUACUUAAGAGGAUUCCCCGGAAGAAGUAUUCCCUAGUGUGCCAGAUAGCUACUGUUGUCAUGCUUAAACUGAAGUAUAAGAGUUUAGGUUGUAGUAGUCAAACCUGUUGCUUUUUGGUGUAGUUGCGAGAUGGGGAUGGCCUAAGUAAAGAAGAUUUAAGUCUUAAAUUUGGUAGAAACCUUGCUUAAAGUAUAAUAUGCUCAACAGUCAACAUCACAAUGUUUUUUAUUUUUUCACUUCCAUCGCAGACCACCGCAUUCUGCCUUUGCAGGUUUGUUUAUAGAAUCUUCGGCCCGUAGUAACAUAGUUUGUAUUUGGUACAGUGACACAGUAAGG